AUGGCGGACAGCACCAGCAGAGCCGGGCAGGAGGAGAUGAAGCACGCCUCUGGACAACAGGCGCCUCUUCAUCCUUCCAGCCACGCGGGAGACGAGCACGACACGUUCGAUGAACCUGAUGACGAACUGGAAGAAUUCGACGAAAUUGGAGGAGAUGACGGCGUUGUGGAUACCGAAGUCGCCCAGUGGGAUGAGGACUGGGACGCAGCGGGAUGGGAUGAUGAAGAUGUGAACGACGACUUCUGCAAGCGGCUCCAGCAGGAACUGGAGGCUUUCAAGCAGGCGCACCCGAACGCGGCGAAGGCGCAAGCGAGACCAGCGUAA